AUGAAGUUCUCGACGGUCCCGACCGCCAUCGCGUCGGCGCUGGUCCUGGGCGCCGCGCAGCCGGCCCUCGGCGAGCUGCAUGUCGGCCACCGUGUGGCUCACCAGCACUACGGCAAGCGCAACGCUCACCACCACAGCCACAACGCGGCCGCAUCACUACACGAGCGGCAACCCGAGGCAUCGCAGCCCGAGGCGCGCCAGGACGAGAAGCGCCAGCCACAGACGAUCGAGUCUCUGCCCGCCCUCUUCACCCGCGACUCGUCCUCGCCCUCUUCACCGCAGUCCGUCUCCCGCAGCCAUGUCGACGACAUCCCCAAAGACAUUUCCAAGCGCGCCGUCUGCUCGCUGCCCAACGACCCGGAUCUGUAUGCUGUCCCUGGCGCAUCAAAUGGCGGCUGGGCCAUGGCACCCGAUGUGCAGUGCACGGCCGGCUCGUGGUGCCCCAUUGCCUGCACCUCUGGCAAGGUGAUGGCGCAGUGGAAGCCCGGCACUUCCUACUCGUACCCGGAGUCCAUGGACGGUGGCCUGUACUGUGGCUCCGACGGUACGCCCGUCAAGUCGUUCCCAGACCAGCCGUACUGUGUUGAGGGCACGGGCACUGUUUCGGCUGUCAACAAAUGUGGUUCCGUUGUCUCGUUCUGCCAAACCGUCCUCCCCGGCGACGAGGGCAUGUACAUUCCCACAGACGUUCAUGGCACAAGCACCCUGGCUGUUCCCGGCCCGUCUUAUUGGGCUGGCACUGCUGCACACUACUAUGUCAACCCUCCUGGUACUAGCGGCGCCGAGGGCUGCAUCUGGGGUACAAAUGCCAAGCCGAUUGGUAACUGGAGCCCGUAUGUCGCCGGCGCCAACACCGACAGCUCGGGCCUGACGUUCGUCAAGAUCGCCUGGAACCCCAUCUUCGUCUCGUCGGGACUGGCCAGCACGAAGCCCACCUUUGGUCUGCGCAUUGAGUGCAACGGUGGCGGCUGCAAUGGCCUGCCCUGUGAGAUUGGCCCUUCCAACAUCCACGAUUUUAGCGUCACCAGUUCCGAAUCGGCGUCGGGUGCUGGCGGUGCCGACUUCUGCGUGGCCACCGUCCCCAAGGGUGGCAGUGCCAACAUUGUCGUUUUCAACCUGGACGGCAGCGGUGGCAGCGGCGGCAGCAGCGGCAUUUCGUCGUCUGCGGCGCCGUCCACGCACUCGUCAUCCUCGUCCUCGUCUUCUUCGUCUUCAUCCUCGUCUGAGACGUCGACCACCUCGACUACGUCGUCUUCGUCCUCGUCGUCCUCGUCGUCGUCGUCGUCCUCAUCUUCCUCGUCUUCCUCAUCGUCGUCCAGCAGCAGCAGCAGCUCGAGCAGCUCGAGCAGCUCGCGGAAGACGUCGACCUCGAAGACGGCCGGCCCGACCACCUUUGCGGGUGGUAUCUUCCACGAGAACGGCACUGUUUCUUCCACCCAGUCGACCAAGACUGGCACCGUGACUGGCCCGACAACUGGCUUAGGCAACGGUGCCCCGUCGUCCUCCAAUGGCGGCGCGUCACCCUCGACGUCCUCCAAGAGCGAGGCCGUCAGCCACAACCAGGGCGGUGCUGCCGUUGUUGGCCUAAUUGUUGCUGUUGUUGCCAGUCUUUGGUUGUAUUAG